AUGCUGCAUAAAGUCACCAAGGACGGACUACGUAUGUGCUGUAUCUGUUCUCUCUGUGUACCUCAUAAAGACCAUGUAAAGAUGCUGUAAGGUGACAAAUGACUCUCAAAUGACUGUUUGUGUUAAAUGACUCUCAAACUGUGUCCCUCUGUAACGCACCUCUCUUUCUUCCCUCUUGCUCUCAUGUCUUCCUCUCUCUGUCUGUCUGUCUCUUUAUUAUUCUUCUCUCUCUCUCCCUCUCCCCCUCUCAAAUAAAAAUGUGAACAUGCUUUAUUGGCAUGAAACGAGCAAUUAAUGUAUUGCCCUUCAAGCAGUUGAAAACAUGUAAUACUAUGCAAAAUAGCAAAUCAAAGAAGAAAGUAAUUAAGACUCAAGAUAACACUUAAGACUUUCACAAACCUCUCUCUCUCCUCUCUCUCUCUGUAGGUGAUGUGGUGGACAUUUACCAGCGGGAGUUUCUGGGCCUGAGGGAGCGUCUGCACUCUGCCGAGCAGGAGAACCUGAAGCGCUCCAAAGAGCUCAACCUGGUGCUGGACGAGAUCAAGAGGGCCAUUGCCGAGAAGCAGGCCCUCAGGGACAUCAACCGCACCUGGGCCAGCCUCUCCGGUAACACCACAAGACUGGAGGAAGGAAAAACUAGUUAG